UACUUUUAGUUGUCAGUUUUAUAGGAUAGUUGGUAGUGGGUAGUGACAAGAGUGGAAAGUGUAUGGUCGAGUUGAACAUUAUGAAUUAAAUCCAUAAAAAUGUGAAUAAUUCUUGGUAUCUCUUCCAUCAGAUACCCAGUGCCAUGUAUUUCUUAUAUAGAUAUUAUAUUCAGUGUCUUAAAAAAUGACGGUUCCUGCGAAAAUAUCAAUUUCAAGAGUUUACAAUUUUGCGAACGCCUCUUUGUAUAAGAAAUACAAAAAUUUCUUUUUUGUGCUACUCGUUAUUUCUGUAUUUAUAGCUUUAUCUGUUCCUCUUACAAAUUUUGCUACGGAUGUAUCCAAAAAUUUCGAACGAAUUGAUUUGAAUAACUUAAAAAAUUUGCCCAUUGUAAAAUUGACCAAUAGUGCUAGUAUCUUGAUUCCCAGAAAUGCUCUCUGUACCCAUUGGGAUUGCUUUAACAUAUAUCGAUGUGGUCAUACAGGACAUGACAGGAUAGCAGUCUAUGUUUACCCACUCAAAAAAUACGUGGAUGAAGAAGGAACCCCAGUCACUGGACACUUAUCUAAAGAAUAUUAUUCAAUACUGAAAGCUGUGAUAAAUUCAAAAUAUUAUACAGCGAAUCCAGCAGAAGCAUGUAUAUUCAUUCCAUCUAUCGAUACUUUGAAUCAAGACAGAAUUUUGCUGAAUUCGACAUCAAGGGCUCUAAGUUCUCUUCCAUUUUGGGGAAAUGGCGAAAAUCAUCUAAUUUUCAACAUGGUGUCCGGUAGUUCUCCCGAUUUUUCACCUGUCAUCGAACUGGAAAUCGGAAAAGCCAUGGUGGCUGGUGCGGGGUUUGAUACAUAUAGGUUUAGAAAAAAUUUCGACAUUUCCUUGCCAGUUUUUAGUCCAGUAGCUAAGUUAGGAGAGGUUAAAGACAUAUCACACGAAAGAUUCUCUUAUCCAAAUAUACUAACAAAAACGAUCUUCUGUUUGGUGUUUAGAGGGGAGCGAAUGGGACAGUUUGUACUGCUGGAAGCUUUGGCGGCCAAUUGCAUUCCUGUAAUUGUUGUGGAUGGCAAUGUGAUGCCUUUUGAUGAUAUCAUCGAUUGGAGGCAUUUUUGUAUAUUCAUCAUGGAGAGCCAUUUGAGUGGUUUGAUGGAAGUGCUGAACGCUAUUUCGGAAAAGCGUAUAAGGGAGAUGCAGAGGAGCGCGUUUUUCAUGUAUCAGUCUUAUUUCUCCGAUAUGGAAAAGAUAGCUUUAACUACCUUAGAUAUUAUACAGGAUAGGGUAUUUCCUCAUUUGAGCCAAACAUAUGACCAGUUCAAUUUGAGACCUGCUGAGAUUAACAUGAAUCCUUUGUUUUUUCCCAUUACUUCACCGAAAUCUCACGGAUUCACUGCUGUUAUUUUGACAUACGAUAGAGUGGAAAGUCUGUUCACAUUGAUCGAAAGAUUAUCAAAGGUUCCUAGUCUAAUGAAAGUCAUAGUUAUAUGGAAUAAUCAGAAAAAACGUCCUCCACCAUUGUCUGAAUUUCCAAAAAUCUUAAAACCUGUAAAUAUAAUUGAAACCAAGGCAAAUAAAUUAUCGAAUAGAUUCUAUCCUUAUAAGGAGAUCGAAACCGAGGCUGUUCUACACAUAGACGAUGACAUCAUUAUGUUGACUUCCGAUGAGGUGGAAUUUGCCUAUGAGGUUUGGAGGGAAUUUCCUGAUCGAAUAGUAGGUUUUCCAUCAAGAACUCACAUUUGGGACAACACUACCCAAAAAUGGAAAUACGAAUCUGAAUGGACUAACGAAAUAUCCAUGGUACUGACGGGAGCGGCUUUUUUACAUAAAUACUGGAGUUACUUGUACACAAAAAACAUGCCAGUAGANGUGUUAACGAUUGACUAGGGGGGGAGGGGACUUUUGACUAGCACUGUAGAAUUUCUCUUAUUUGGAACACCAUCAUCCUCAAUGGUGUACGUAACUCCUAGAAAAAAAUUCAAAUGUCCAGAGUGUACGAGCAAUGAAAUGCUUUCGGCUGAUAUGGGUCACAUGGUAGAGCGGUCGCAAUGCGUAGAUAGGUUCGCCAAGGCUUUCGGUCGCAUGCCCCUGAACACAGUCGAAUUCAGAGCAGAUCCAGUCCUCUUCAAAGAUCCAUUCCCAGAAAAAUUGAAGCGCUUCAACGACAUUGGCAGCUUGUAGAUUUUUUAUGUUUAUUUAUAUGUAGAUAGGUGUAGAUAUUGUAAAUACUGUAAAUACUUCAUUGUUGUACUGAUUUUUUGACCAGGGUUAUAUAUUUUACAGAUAUUUUAUUGACUUUUUUUAUUGUAUUUAAUGUUUUGUAUAUGUUGUAAAUCUGAAAUGUAAAUAAUGUAUUCGAUAAUAAUCAUCAGAUUUCGA